AUGUGGAGGACAUUGAAGCAAUUCCUCCUCUUUGCACUGCAGCUUGGUGGUUUUGCUCUCAAUCUCAUGCUCCUUGUUCAUUGCCAAGAUGAUCAAUCAGGUUUCAUUAGCAUUGAUUGCGGCCUAGGAAAAAAUUCUAGCUAUAUUGAAAAGACAACAGGCAUUCACUAUAUUUCAGAUGAAAGCUUCAUCGACGCCAAUGAAAGUAGGGUGGUUGUAUUGAACGAUCAGCGAGAUAAGAUGCAGCCGUACUGGUCUCUUAGGGCUUUUCCAAAAGGAACUCGGAACUGCUACAAAAUAAAUGUUAAAAGGGGAACCAAAUAUUUGAUCCGAGCAAGUUUCUUAUAUGGGAAUUAUGACGACCAGUAUAGAUUGCCAGAAUUCCAACUGCAUCUUGGGCCUAAUUUGUGGGAUUCAGUGAAGUUGGAGAAUGUCUCCACCGUCACAAACAAAGAGCUCAUACACGUCCCUCUGCGAAACUAUAUACACGUUUGUUUGGUGAACACAAGCAAAGGGGUUCCAUUUGUAUCAGCCAUAGAGCUAAGGACUUUGCCUAAUAAUACUUAUAUAGCAGAGGCAGGGUCCUUGGCACUUGAUUCGCGAUAUGACACUGGUCAAAUAGCAAAGCGAGCGUAUAGGUAUCCAGAUGAUAUACAUGAUCGCUUCUGGUAUGGCUAUGACCGCGAUGAGUGGACACAAUUAAACACCUCGUCCGCCAUAGAUAACAUGGUUUCGAAACACCAUCUGUCUGCAAAAUAUUAUCUUUCCAUGCACUUUUCAGAACUUGAAAAGCUCCAAGUCAACCAGUCUAGACAGUUUACCAUUACUUUUAACGGAGAAGUCUUAUAUGGCCCAUUUGCUCCUGUAUACUUGUCUGUAAUUACAUUUUUUAGCCGGCCGAGGUGGAGCACAGGACAAUAUAUUACUAUUUCAUUCAAUAAGGCUGGGAACUCUACUCUCCCACCCAUCCUCAAUGCUUUCGAGACCUUUAUUGUCAAAGACUUCGCAGAACCAGAAACAAACGAACAAGAUGUGAAUGCAAUCACAAACAUCAAGUCAUCACAUAACAUCGAAAGGAUUGGCAAGGAGAUCCAUGCAGCCCUCAAGUUUACUCAUGGGAAGGAACUUGUCCUCAAGUGGAUUAACAGGGGAGAUAUCUCCAAGUAUAUCCAAUCUCACCAUGAUAAAAACUUUGGAUUUAUCGAACAACAAAUUAACGGGAUCAAUUCCAGAAUUUCUGUCUUACCUGCCAAAGUUAGCCGUCUUAAAGUUGGACAAAACAAUUUCACAGGUUCUGUUCCGAAAGGACUUAUUCAAAGAAGGAAGGAUGGUUUUCUAUCAUUCAGUUUCUGCGAAAAUCCAAAUCAAUCCGAACAAGUCCCUUGCGAACUAAAGAAGAAACACCGUACCAAUAUUCACCUAGCAGUGUAUAUCCUUGGAUUCUUCAUUCUCUUAUCAACAAUAUUAGCUGUCUUAUGGGUGGUCUUUAAAAGGAAAAGACAACAUGAGAUGAUGAAGAAUUUCAACAAAAAUGAAUUUUUGGAGUCACAAGGUCAACGGUUUACAUACUCAGAGAUUGUGAAGAUUACCAAUAAUUUUGCAUCAAUAAUCGGAAGAGGCGGUUUUGGAAAAGUGUACCUUGGUACUCUGAAAAAUGAGACUCAAGUUGCCGUGAAGUUACUCGGUUCAUCAAGGCAAGGAUCAAAUGAAUUUCGAAAUGAGGUUAUACUUUUAAUGAGUGCUCAUCAUAGAAACUUGGUUUCUCUCAUUGGUUACUGCGAUGAAGGUGACACUAUGGCCCUUGUUUAUGACUACGUAGCCAAUGGAAACUUGGAACAACAUAUUUCAUCUGAUGUAGGUAAAAACGUUUUGACUUGGAAAGAGAGGCUUCAAAUUGCAAUAGAUGCCGCACGAGGACUGGAAUAUUUACACAAUGGUUGCAAGCCACCAAUUGUGCAUAGAGAUCUAAAGACAUCCAAUAUCUUAUUGAAUGAAAAGUUGCAAGCUAAGAUAGCUGACUUUGGUCUUUCUAAAGGUCUUGCAACUGAAAGUGCCACUCAUGUAUCAACCGCGGCCAAAGGAACAUUUGGAUACCUGGAUCCUGAAUAUUGCAGUACUGGACAACUUAACAAAAAGAGUGACAUAUACAGCUUUGGGAUUGUGUUGCUAGAGCUUAUAACAGGUAGAGCAGCAAUAAUAAGAGAUUUGGAACAAUUACCUAUUCACAUAUGUCAAUGGGUGAGGCCUAAAUUUGAGAAGAUCGAAAUCGAAAUCGAAAGCAUUGUGGAUUCAAGAAUACAAGGAACCUUCCUCAACUCUUCUGCUAAAAAAUCCAUAGAAAUUGCCAUGGCAUGUGUGUCUUCAACAUCAAUCCAAAGGCCCGAUAUAACUGUUGUGUUUAAUGAUUUGAAAGAGUGUUUGGAAAUUGAGAUGCCUUCUGAAAUAACAAAGAUUACAGAAGCUUAUGAGAACGAUGAGAGUGAUGAUACAAUCAGUUCAAGCGGCUCAAUUAUAAAGACCUCCCACAUCAGGUCUGAAACUGAAAGCUUGGCUUGGACUGGCUUGCACUAA